AUGGAUAGCGAUAGCGACCUCGAGGUCGGCAGAGAGAGCGAGGAAGAGGAGAAAGGGCAAGAUGCGGGGGAAGUCGACACUUCAGAGCUUGAUGCGCAAAUCGCCGCGCUUGUGGAAGCGAGGCGGCGGCAGGUUGAGAAGGCUAAGCGGGACAAGGAGAGAAGGGCGAGAGAGAAUGCGCACAUCUUGGUCGCUGUAACGCCGACCAAGAAGGAGAAAGUCCGGACCGAUGUCCCACUGCCAUCAGCGCCAAAAUCUGCUCUCGCCAACCAUGUCCACAAGGCGAAACCAGCCAGACCUGGUCAGCCCACUCAAUCACUUGCCUCGGUCCCCGUGCUACCUGCCUCCGCAACAGCUGGACCCUCUAAUUUCGCUUCCAAGCUCGCGGCCGUACGAAACCCCUCUCCGGCCCUGGCUCGGCGCGCGUCGGACGAAGAAGAAGUGAAGGAGGAUGUCAAGGAGAAGAAGUACACGCGGGACGAGCAUACGUUGCAGAUCAUCGAGAAGCUCGAGAUGGGGCCCAAGGAGUUUGGGUUUGAUCCGGAGGGCGAGCAGGUAUGGGAGUAUGUCGAGCCGAAUAGCAAGAUACGGCUGAACGAGCGGAAACUUCCCCACGACACGGUCCAAGCGCACAUGUACGGCCGGUACUACCUCCCUCCUUCUCUCCUCUAUUCGGUCAUCCGCCUGUCACGCGAUGGCGCAACAUAUGACGUCCCGGUCGAGGGCGACUGGGUCACCAUCGCUGUCGUGGCCGAGAAGAGCGAUAUCCGAGUCAGCGGCGGUGGCGGAGGAGGCGGAGGCGGUUCGCGCGCAGAAGACAACGAUACCUCGGAGGACGAGGCGGCGGUCAAGAGAGCUCCGGAGCGGGGCGACUUCUCCCUCGCCUCUCCUUCGAAGAAGACGUAUCAGAAACCCAAAGGCAAAGACGCCAAAUCCGACUAUAAACGCAGGAAACCAAAGAAAUACGUCAAUCUCAAGCUGGCGGCGCUUCCAUCCCGAACAAAGAUGGCAAGUGUGCCAGGAGCGGGAGGGGAUGCGAUUCUCCAGCUACUGCUGUUUCAGGCAGAAUCGGUGGUCAAGUCGGAAGAGGUGGAUGAGGAUGGGAAGGCCAAAGUGACGUAUGCGGGUGGGAGUGGAGGCGCGUUCGAGAGGUGGGCGAAUCUGGGUGUAGGGGAUGUAGUGGGGAUCAUCAGUCCCAGGAUACUCAGGCCACUGAAAGCUGGAGGUAGUGCCCCACAUCCUCUCACCCUGCCACUCGCGCUUAAUCCCAAUUCUGGCGACUCGGUCUUCUACAUCGGCAAGUCGAAGGAUCUGGGUCGCUGCUCGGCGGUACAGAAGGAUGGGAACAGGUGCAGAUCAUGGGUCGACAUGCGUCAAAGCCCAGUCUGCGAAUACCACGUUCACCUCUCGAUGCAGCGCGCCCGAGCAGGCCGAGCCGAAUUCACCGCUUCCACCUCCUCCUUCGCACUCACCAAUUCGCGUCCUUCCCAGCCCAGCCGACCUGGGUUUGGCAAGCCCCCCAUCCCCGGCAAAGGGAGCGGCAUCAAUCACCAAACCAAAACCGGUCUCUUACCUGCCGGCGGUCCACAGGCCGCACCACGCGGAGCAGAGAAUGGCGGUGGCGGUGCGACAUAUAUGGUCGGCGGCAAGACGAUCCGGACGGACCGCUCUGAAGGGGGUCUGAAGGGCUUUGGGGACGAGCAUCUGAAUGAGCGACUGGGGCGGAAUCGGACCGCGCGGGACGUCCGAAAGAAGCUCGAGGUGAAGGAGGACGAGGAGGUCUUGAAGCGAUUGAUGGUCGGUGGGCAAGGGAGCAGUGGACAGCGGAAUCUCGAGGCAAUCAGGAUGAAGCGGAAAGAGAGGGAGAGGGAGGAGGCGGGGCAGAAAGAUAAGAGGAAGAAGCGGAGGGUCGAGGUGGAAGAGGAGAAGAGUUCGGAUGCGGAUGAAGAGGAGGAGAAGAAACGACCCUUCAAUGCCGAAAGUGUCAAACGGAUCGGCUUUGAUCCCACUGCGGCGGCUCGGGCGGCGACGUUGGGAAAAGACGAGAAGAGGCGGAAGGACGAGACGAUUGCGCUCCUCAAGAAUCCGGAUUCGGGGAAUAGAUUCAACGCAAAGAAGAAGAUCAGGACGGAGAAUGUCAAGAAGCCGGAGCGGUACGAGUAUGAGGCGCCGAGUGGAGGGAGGAAAGAUAGCUGGGCUAUCCGUGGAAAUAGGGACGCGGGAGAUGAAAGCGAUGGGGAGGAGGAAGAGGGGAUGAUCGAUCUGGACUAA